GCUACCCUGGAGUUUUCACCAGAGGCAAAAGUCCACAGCAGGCGGGCCGAGGGUGGGGCGGAGGAAGGGAACCGCUUGGGGGCACUGGGAAGCUAGGGGUACUCCAGAAGGAAGGCAGGGAUACUGGCUAGCCAGUGAAGGCGAGGAGGAGCGAAGGCGAGGGGAGGAGGCGCGGUGGGAGGAGGAGUAGAAGACAAAAGCCGAAAGCGAGGAGGGCGCCGACCGCACACUGCGGCCGGGAGAGGGACCGUCGGUGCCGCGAGCGGCGGGCACACGGAGGCGGUAGCGCGCGAAGCAUCCGGGUGGACAGUUAGCAUGGGGAAGGGAGGUAACCAGGGUGAGGGGAACACGGAACGCGAGGUUCCGAUGCCCACCUUCCGCUGGGAGGAGAUUCAGAAGCACAACCUGCGCACCGACCGGUGGCUCGUCAUCGACCGCAAGGUCUACAACGUCACCAAAUGGUCCCAGCGGCACCCGGGGGGCCACCGGGUCAUCGGACACUAUUCGGGAGAAGAUGCUACGGAUGCCUUCCGCGCCUUCCACCUGGACCUUGACUUCGUGGGCAAGUUCUUGAAGCCCCUGCUGAUUGGUGAGCUGGCCCCCGAGGAGCCCAGCCUGGACCGUGGCAAGAGCUCUCAGAUCACCGAGGACUUCCGGGCCCUGAAGAAGACUGCCGAGGACAUGAACCUCUUCAAAACGAACCACCUGUUCUUCUUCCUCCUCCUGGCCCACAUCAUCGUCAUGGAAAGCAUCGCCUGGUUCAGCCUCUCGUACUUUGGCAACGGCUGGAUUCCUACCCUCAUCACUGCCUUUGUUCUUGCUACCUCUCAGGCCCAAGCUGGAUGGCUGCAGCAUGACUAUGGCCAUCUUUCUGUCUAUAAGAAAUCCAGAUGGAACCACAUUGUCCACAAGUUUGUCAUUGGCCACUUAAAGGGUGCCUCCGCCAACUGGUGGAACCAUCGACAUUUCCAGCACCAUGCCAAGCCCAACAUCUUCCACAAGGACCCAGACAUAAAGAGCCUGCACGUGUUUGUCCUUGGCGAGUGGCAGGCCCUCGAGUACGGCAAGAAGAAGCUGAAAUACCUGCCCUACAACCACCAGCACGAAUACUUCUUCCUCAUCGGACCGCCGCUGCUCAUCCCUAUGUACUUCCAGUACCAGAUCAUCAUGACCAUGAUCAAACGCAGGGACUGGGUGGACUUGGCCUGGGCCAUCAGCUACUAUGUACGUUUCUUCUACACCUACAUCCCUUUCUAUGGCAUCCUGGGAGCCCUGGUUUUCCUCAACUUCAUCAGGUUCCUGGAGAGCCACUGGUUUGUGUGGGUCACACAGAUGAACCACAUCGUCAUGGAGAUUGAUCUUGAUCACUACCGGGACUGGUUCAGCAGCCAGCUGGCAGCCACCUGCAACGUGGAACAGUCCUUCUUCAAUGACUGGUUCAGCGGGCACCUCAACUUCCAGAUUGAGCACCACCUCUUCCCCACCAUGCCACGGCACAACUUGCACAAGAUCGCCCCACUAGUGAAGUCUCUCUGCACCAAGCAUGGCAUCGAGUACCAGGAGAAGCCACUGCUGAGGGCCCUGCUGGACAUCGUGAGUUCUCUGAAGAAGUCUGGGGAGCUGUGGCUGGAUGCGUACCUCCAUAAAUGAAGCAGCAGUCCUCAGGCAUCCUCGGGGAAGGGGCACAGUUGGGGUGACGGCCAGAGGGAGGGGAGGGCUUUUGUUCUGAAGGGUUCUCAUGAAGUGUCCGCUGGCUCACA